AUGUCGACGAGGCCGUUUCAAAUCUCUGCUCUAUCUCCAAUUUUGGAAUAUGCACCUCAGCGACCCGAUGCUCCUGGCUCGCCAUGGAAAAGUGAUUCAGGUUCCAUGGUCAAUUCGAAUGCGAACACGGGCAAUCCAGGCAGAUAUCUUCAAGGGACGGGUACGGUCACAGUUCAAGGAUUCGGCACUGGAUUUUCAAUAGCAGGCUCGCUCCAAGGUGUCUACUGCUCCUAUACGGCUGUAUUGUCCGCAGGAGCAGGUAACAAGCACGAUACUUCCUCUAUCAGCCCACAGACAGCGCCUCCCGCAACGGGUAUGCUCGCCCAGUUUACAGGUCUCGAAAACGACAACUGGGUGCUCAAGCUCCGAGGUGACUGCUCCAACGGCUCCUUCCUCAAGAUAACGCAAGCCGUCAUAGACGGAUGGGUCGGUGGGGAUGGUGGAACAGUCUCUAACAAUACACUCGAUGACCAGUCUAAUCAACUAAGAUAUUCUGACGUGGACUGGGGACAGACCAAAGGUCUGGCGGCGCCAUUUUACGGAGACUCGCAACACUAUACAGGCGUCUCUGGUGCGACCAUGAACCUCACAUUUUCCGGGACCGCCAUCGUGGUUUGGAGCAGCGUGGACAACCAGCAUGGACCAUAUUCUGUCGCUUUACGCAAGGCAUCCGAUCCAUACACGGAUGACGGAGUUGCAGUCCGGACUGGCUUCAAUCCAUUCCUAGCUGUCCCUGUGCCAUUCUUCUUCGCGAGCGGACUAAAUCCAUCGCAGCAAUAUACACUCACGCUCAAGAACAGAGCUACAAAUGGAACAUAUCUGGAUUUGGACUAUAUCAGUAUCUACACAUCCACCGGAGGCGGACCUCCGAACGGUGGCUUCAGUGGACUUCUCGCGCCGGCACCCAAAAAGAACAAUCUCCCAAUCAUCAUUGGCGCUGUAGUUGGUGGCGUUGCGCUCCUGCUACUCUUGCUUGUCUUGAUUUGGUUCAUUCGGAAACGAAGAACGACUCGUGUCCAACGUAACCAAGGGACUCGCCCGUUGGACGAUCAAAAAGGAAGCUCAAAUGACCAUGUAAUUCCACUUCAAACGCACGGCAACGUCACACCAUACCGUACACCCGGUAGCCCAUUUACUCACGAGAGCCAAGCUCUCCUUCAGGGUUCUCCUCAACAGGGCUCCAUUCCAAUGAGCUCGACCAUGUCUACGACUACGGGCGGGUACGACCCGUAUGCGGCGUUUGGUGGAGGAUACCCCACGCCGCACAGCUCGUCCGUCCACGGUAGCAGUAUCAUCGACCCCGUCCAAGCACGCCGCCAAGGAAAGGCAGCAGAGAUUGAAGCUGCGCGCGAGCGAAUGCGCCAUGGGAACAAUGGGAGUACAGGGAUGCUUUCGCCUACAACUCCUAACCCUGCGACGAGUACGACCAAUUCGACAUUUGGUCCGUCUUGGGAAACCUCGUCGCAUGGACAAAGUUCCUCGGACCCAUCGUCGAUGCCCGCCACGCAUAUUCCCCACAGGACCCCAGAUGAUCCGCCUCCAUCGUAUUAUCAGACAUAG